CAACCGAGCCAGCCCAGCACCAAGGUCGCCCCAGCCCUGCGCCCGCUGCCUGGAGAGCCACUGACCGCUGCAGCCAUGGUGCACGGGUACAAAGGGGUCAAGUUUGAAAACUGGGCGAGGACCUACGGCUGUUGCCCAGAGAUGUACUAUCAGCCCACGUCCGUGGAGGAGAUCAGAGAGGUGCUGGCCCUGGCCAGGCAGCAGAACAAGCGGGUGAAGGUGGUGGGCGGUGGCCACUCCCCCUCGGACAUCGCCUGCACCGAUGGCUUCAUGAUUCACAUGGGCAAGAUGAACCGGGUCCUCCAGGUGGACAAGGAGAAGAAGCAGGUGACAGUAGAGGCUGGCAUCCUCCUGGCUGACCUGCACCCCCAGCUGGACAAGCACGGCCUGGCCCUGUCCAACCUGGGCGCAGUGUCAGAUGUGACCGCAGGUGGCGUCAUCGGGACUGGAACGCACAACACGGGGAUCCAGCAUGGCAUCCUGGCCACCCAGGUGGUGGCGCUGACGCUGCUGACGGCCGGCGGAACCGUCCUGGAGUGCUCCGAGUCCAGCAACGCGGAGGUGUUCCAGGCCGCGCGGGUGCACCUGGGAUGCCUCGGGGUCAUCCUCACCAUCACGCUGCAGUGCGUGCCCCAGUUCCACUUGCAGGAGACGUCCUUCCCCUCAACCCUGAAAGAGGUCCUCGACAACCUGGACAGCCACCUGAAGAAAUCCGAGUACUUCCGCUUCCUCUGGUUCCCGCACAGCGAGAACGUCAGCGUCAUCUACCAGGACCACACCAGCAAGCCGCCCUCCUCUUCGGCCAACUGGUUUUGGGACUACGCCGUCGGAUUCUAUUUACUGGAGUUCCUGCUGUGGAUCAGCACCUUCCUGCCGUGCCUCGUGGGCUGGAUCAACCGCUUUUUCUUCUGGCUCCUGUUCAACUGCAGGAGGGAGCACAGCGACCUCAGCCACAAGGUGUUCACCUACGAGUGCCGCUUCAGGCAGCACGUGCAGGACUGGGCCAUCCCCAGAGAGAAGACCAAGGAGGCCCUGCUGGAGCUGAAGACCAUGCUGGAAGCCCACCCCAAGGUGGUGGCCCACUUCCCCGUGGAGGUGCGCUUCACCCGGGGGGAUGACAUCCUGCUGAGCCCCUGCUUCCAGCGGGACAGCUGCUACAUGAACAUCAUCAUGUACAGGCCCUACGGCAAGGACGUGCCACGGCUGGACUACUGGGUGGCCUACGAGACCAUCAUGAAGAAGGUUGGCGGCAGGCCCCACUGGGCCAAGGCACACAACUGCACCCGGAGUGACUUUGAGAAAAUGUAUCCUGCCUUUCCAAAGUUCUGUGCCAUCCGAGAAAAGCUGGACCCCACCGGGAUGUUCCUGAACUCGUAUCUGGAGAAGGUGUUCUACUGAACGGGGGCAGGAAGCCAGCGGCCCCCGCCAAGGGGAGCCGAUCUCCCCCUCCCCAACCCCAUGUGAUGAGCUGAGCUCCGGCAGCCCCUUCCCUCACGUCCUUUGUCCUCACAGCACCCCCAGCUGGAGGUGGCCUAGCACCCAAAUCCCUCUUUACAGCUCAAAUAGACCCCACGUCCCAAGCCUGCAAUCACUGUGCUCUGUUUUCGCAGGAGAAGGGGGCACCCUAACUUGUUCCAUAGUCAAGGGGGGCAGGGACUUGGUAGUUCGCGGGUUCCGACCGGGUGUGGAAGUGAAAUUCCCGGGGUCUGUAGCUCCAGGGGUUCCCUCUCCAGCCCUCAUGGGAAGGGGGGGCCCCUCCACAGUGUUUGGGCCCAGAGGUCGUGUGCACCGGGCUCUGCUUUCUCUCACUCGUGAGGGUCUUUCAGACGCUCAGGUGAGUGCCCACCUGCCCUGGGACCGCCCCCUUCCAGGUGGGCCUGGCUGUGUGCCCUCCCGUGGCCGGACCUGCAGCAUGUCUGUGUCAGGGGUGUCUGGGGAUUG